UUUCAUGAUCAUUAUUUUUGGAGGCAUGGCUCUCAUAGUCAUUAUUAUUGAAGUCACAGUUCUCAGGAUCAUUAUUUUCGUUCUCAUGAUCAUUAUUUUCAUUCACAUGGUUUUCAUGAUCAUUAUUUUUGGAGUCAUCUUGGUAUACACAAAUUUGAGGAAAAGGAACAAUAAAACUGACUGUUUGGAUUUCUUCCUUUAUCCUUAAAUGCUGAAUUAACCAUUUAUAUAUUGAUGAAAUAGCCUUAAAAACAUUUUUAUCCAUAUGUGAUUCUUUAAUGUAAAUAUUUGUGUAUGAAUGAAUUGA